AUGGACUCCACCAUGAUCUUUGCCCGCAACCUCAUUGCUCGCGCCGGUGCAGAGGAGGAUGAAGAAAAGCUCAACCCUACGAGUAUUCCCGGCGCCAUCGUCGGCUACGUCCUUGGAACCCUGGGUGGCGUUUUCAUGCUGAGUGUGAUCGGUGUCUGCUGCAUCAGGAGCAGGCGUCGACGCCGCCAGGCGAAGCAACACGCCGCGGAGAAAGCUGCCAAUGUGUGA